AUGGCUUGCCCACAGAUGGAAUCUCUGAUUUCCGAGCUUUGUUCUGAUCCGAUGGGACAGGAACAGAAGCAUCAGAACCGCUGCGUGAAGAGCUGCUCUUUGGCCCAAUGCAAAACUAUAACUAUUAAAGGUCUACCUGUGAUGAUACAUGACCUUUCAAAACACAACUGCAGAGCAAAAGAAGAGCAUGUCCAUGCUUUGGGUUCAAAGUCCCACAAGAAAAAGAUGUGCACUUUAAAAGAUGUGCACGUGUGCUACUGCACAGAAACAGGUCCGUUUGGGGGGAGGGGGGGGGGUUCAAUGUCAAGGUGUAACAGGAUGUGUCUCCGGUCUCUUCUCCCCGCUCUGGCGCUGCUGCUGUUCUCUGCCUGCUGUUGGGCAGAUGUGGAGGUAGGACUUCAUCAUGACUGCCAGCAACACAUCUGGAAGCUGGACUGUGAAGUCUCACCUUUUAACAGAGCUGCAGAUGAUAAUCUCCUAACUAAGGAUGACGACCUUGUGGAGGACCUUUCUGUGUCUGAACUCCUGGAGAGAGCCAACAGUAACCUGAUCCGUUCUGAAGGUGAACCCAUCUUGGUUGAAGGAGACAUCGCUAUUGGCAGCGAGGAUGAGAGGAAUGCUGAUCCCUGUACCAGCCAGGGCUGCCUGUGGGGCAAAUACACUGACGGGAUGGUCUACGUUCCUUAUUACAUUGCCAGCCACUUCAGUGACCGUGAAAAGGCCAUCAUCGUCCGUGGACUGGAGUCCUUCUCCUCCUUCUCCUGCAUCCGCUUCCGACCCAGCAGAAGCAGCGACCGGGACUGGCUCAGCAUUGAGUCCCAAAAUGGGUGCUACUCCUUUGUUGGUCGUCGUGGCGGCAAGCAGGUGGUGUCCCUGGCCAGGCAGGGGUGCCUUUAUCACGGCACCGUCCAGCAUGAGCUGCUCCAUGCUCUGGGCUUCAACCAUGAGCAGACUCGUUCUGACAGGGACAACCACAUCAGAGUCCUGCUGCAAAACGUUCAGUCUGGAAUGGAGCACAACUUCAGGAAGAUCGCCACCUUGAACCAGGGCACUCCGUAUGAUUACAACUCAGUCAUGCAGUACCACAAGUAUGCCUUCUCCAAGAACAACCAGCCCACCAUGCUGCCCAUCCCUGAUCCCAACGUCUCCUUUGGAAAUGCCAAGGAGAUGAGCAGGAUCGACAUUCAACGCCUCACCAAGCUCUAUAAGUGCUAGGAAGUCCAGCUGUGACGGCAGGAAGAGCAAGGAGACUGAAGCAGACCUGAGUCAGAGCAGCACUACUGCCACCAGAAAACCAAAACUCAGGACUUCACACUCUUUAGUGUUUGUGCUGCUCUGCAGCCUAGUUCAGAAUGAAAAUCAUUCCCGUUCAGUUUUAACGUGAAUCUUUUCAUGCAGUGGGAGUGUGUCCUUCUCCUCUUAAGGUGGAGGUGACGGGUGUGAAAUGUCACGCUUCUGAUCUUGGCUCUGAUUCCUGAUGAAUAAAACCUGCAUUACUAGCACCCCA